GCGAGCUGGGAUAGGCUGGGAGUUUGGUUGGACCGUCAGCGGGGACGGGACUAGACACAAGAAGUGGGGGAAGCGAAGAACCGACCCACAACUUCUGGCUACUGAACGGCUGCAUGUUGGACAGGAAAUUUGACGUAGACCUCUUUAAAUACCUCUAAAUACCAUUUGUUGCAUUCAGAGGUCACAGGUCUGAGCGGCGCGGAUGACAAAGAAGCGUCGCCGUACAAACUUUCUCAACCGGGUUUGAUCGAUCGCAAAACCCAACAGGGAUUGCUGUUUUUCUUUUUGACGGAGGCGUAAAGAAGAGGAAAUCAUGCCACGGCGCACCGUGCAAGAAGUAACAGUUCAAGAUGUCCAGAAGCGGAGAAAUCCGAACAAACACUACGUUUAUAUUAUCAAAGUGUCCUGGAGCGAUGGCAGUACGGAAAUCAUUUACAGACGCUACAGCAAGUUCUUUGACUUGCAGAUGGAGUUGUUGGAUAAAUUCCCAGUGGAAGGAGGCCAGAAAGACCCUAAGCGCAGGAUCAUUCCGUUCCUACCAGGGAAGAUCCUGUUUAGGAGGAGCCAUAUCAGAGAUGUGGCAAUGAAAAGGCUAAGGCCCAUCAAUGAGUACUGCCGGAGCCUCAUUCAACUACCGGUCUACAUCUCCCAGUGCGAGGAGGUCAGAGUGUUUUUUGAGACCAGACCUGAAGACCUCAACCCACCCAAGGAGGAGCCCAUCGGAAAGAAGAAAUCGGGAGAUUCCACCUCAGCGGACCCUCUCCUCCUCGACCAGUAUGUGGCAGUAACAGAUUAUGAGAAGCAGGAGAGCUCCGAAAUCAGCCUGCAUGUUGGUCAGGUGGUGGAGGUCAUUGAGAAAAUGAGUCAGGUGAGAUGGUGGUUUGUGAGCUCAGAAGAUGCCCAGGGCUGGGUCCCUGCCACCUGCCUUGAGGCACAGGAUGACCCUGAUGACUUCAGUUUUCCAGGAGAAGAAGAAGAGAAGUACUCAGUGAUUUACCCAUACUCGGCCAGGGAUGAGGAUGAGAUUGACCUGGAGAGAGGCAUGAUUGUCGAGGUGAUUCAGAGGAACUUGGAGGGCUGGUGGAAGAUCAGGUAUCAGGGUCGUGAGGGCUGGGCCCCAGCCUCCUACCUGAAGAAGACGGACAUCCAGAGCCAGAAGCAGUCAGCAGGUGCUGCUGCUCAUGCCAGUACCAAUGACCUAGACGGAGUUUCCAAACAGCAAAACAAUGCAGCCAGAGAGAACAGAGACAACGGCCACAAAGAAAACAGACUCUCAUUUUUUUCUGACAACAAAAAAGUGGGAUCAAGACACAGACCACCUCCACGCAGAGAUCUUACCAUUCCACGUGGUACGAACCUACCCAAGCCGCCCAUUCCUCCUCAGGUUGAGGAAGAGUUCUACACCAUAGCAGACUUCCAGACCACCAUCCCUGAUGGUAUUAGUUUCCAAGCUGGAGUCAAAGUUGAGGUGAUUGAGAAGAAUUCAAGUGGUUGGUGGUACAUCCAGAUAGAUGAAAAAGAGGGCUGGGCCCCUGCCACCUUUAUUGACAAGUACAAGAAGACCAGUAAUGCCCUACGACCUAAUUUCCUCGCCCCUCUGCCCAAUGAGAUGGAGAAGCUGAGUCUGGAAGAUGGUGGUUCUUCUAACGUUUCAGGCACAGAAGACAGCUGGUCAAAGCCUUUACCAGAUGAGCCAACCACAGUCCCUGAGUCCUGUGCCCGGCCUAAGCUAAGAGAUUGGAAGGCCAGUGCCCCCAAGGGGGCCCCUGGGCCUUUACCUCCGGCCCCAGCUGUCCCUCCAGUUGAGGAGAAACCAGCUCUGCCACCUCGAAGGGAGUCCAUUAAUAAGAGCUUUGAACUGGAGGUAGCAGAGAAACCUAGAUCUGAUCAUUCCAAACCGUUGCCCCCAAAACCCCCAGCUCCUGGGGUCAUAAUACCUCUGGUUCCACCCAAGGCAGCCCCCUUCAAACAGGACAAACCACCAGAGACCAAGAAAGAAGAUAAGAGCAAACCUCUUCACCUUCGGAAUGAGAUGGGUCUAGAAUGUGGUCACAAGAUCUCUGCCAAAGAGGUGAAAAAGUUUAAUCUCAAACCCGUACCUAAACAGCCACCAAAACCCAAAUCAGAAGCACAGGAGGAGAAACCGGAGACAGCUGGCCCAGCAGUGUUUAUGAAACCUAAGCCAGUGCUCCGACCUAAACCUAUUCCAGCUGCCAAGCCAGAUUCUCCAGCAGAGAACAAACUAGACAUCACCAAUUUGAGAAGCAAGCUGAGGCCGUCAAAACCUGCAGACUCUGCGUCAGUUGAGGUAAACCAUCAGAAUGACACCUCCGCAGCAGUAAAUAGUUCACAGGCUAUUCCACCGCCUAGCUCUCCCCCCAUCCAUAUCCCUAUUCUCAAUAAUGGUAAGCACUGCGACGAGCCAAAACUCCCCCCAAAACACAUUAAUGGUCAUAGCCAGGAGAGCUCAUCACCCCCUUCAAAACCAGCAGUUCCUCCCCACAAGGAAACCCCUCAGAGACCACCAACCAUGGCUCCAAGGAGACCACCUCCGCCAAAGAAGGAGAACCCAUCCAGCCCAACUGAGCUCAAACCUCCACCCGCUCUAAAAGAUGCCCGGGACCUUCCCAAGCCCGCACCACCACAACUCAGCAGACCCCCUCCACCUAAACCCAAAGGGUUUGUUCUGGCUCCUCCAAACAAAGAGAGAGAAGAGCCCAAAGUUAACAAAGUCCCGAUUCCCCCCAAGCCCCAGUUGAAGGCUGAGAAGCCUGGCCCGCCCAGGGACAAGCUUCCACCUCUACUCAAGGAGCCCAGUAAGGAUGAGCUGUAUCUAGCUGUGGCGGACUUUGAAGGGGAUGAAAACACAUCCAGCUUCAAGCUGGGUACGGUGUUUGAGGUUCUGGAAAAAACCGGCAGCGGCUGGUGGUUCUGUAAAAAUGUAGGAGAAGAUGUUGAGGGCUGGAUCCCCUCAAAUUACCUGAGCAAGAAACCUUAGUGUGAAUGUGCUCUCAAAACAAUCGCAUAUGAAUAAAUUCACAAACUAAGGAAUAAAUAAACAAAAUAUCAGUACUUUGUAGCUUAUUAGCAUUUUUAUUUUAUUUAUAGGUACCUUUUUUAUUGACCCUGUUGUUAUGUUUAAUUUUGAUAAGGAGUAUUCUACCUAAACUUUACCAGCAAUAACGCAUGACCUAGUUGGGUCUUGUGAUGUUUACUUUUAAUUUUUAUCAUUAUAUAAAGAUUACGUGAAAUCUUGGGUAAAAAGGCUAGACAUUAGCAGUAAAUGUAUCUCCACCCAUGCCUUCUAUGAUAUGGUGCCUCUAUAUUAUAUGCAAAGUGCUUCAUUCCUUAAUAUACGGUAUGCAACUGUAGACAUAGUCCUCAUCGGAAGCUUAAAAAACCUUUUGACUAAAGAUCAAAAACCUACAAAACAGGACAAUAUACUAGAUGUUCAUAUCCAGCCAGUCUUUCCCCAGCAGUAGAUAAAAAAUGCUAAAUCCCUUAAAGACUGCACAUGAACUUACUGGGGCAGUUCAAUGACUACAUCUGGGCUUUCAAGUGCUAUUAGCAAUUACUAAAAAGAGAUGUCUUUGCCAAGUAGAAGUGCUGUUUGUUAUACCAGAAACAAGCAUUUUAGUUUUUGUGCUAUUGUAAUGCUUUUCUUUAUUGACUGCAUAAUUAAUGUUGCAGUGACUUGUAACAGAUGUACACUUUGUCAGUCAUUUCAGAUGAGGUAAGGUUUGCACACGCUGAAGGAAGGGGAAGAAUGCAACAGUACAUUUUAUUUCUUAGUUUUAUUACUCCUUUUGUAUUAGCUAUGUUUUUUAUACUCACUAUUACAAAAUAUCCACCAAUGUAAAGAUGAGGCUAGAACAUCCAAACUGAUAUGGUGAAAAGACGCUCUCUAUCAAAGCUUUUUAACAUAAUCAUGUUAUCGCACACCCAAAAAUAAGAAUCGUGAACUUGCAGAGCACAUCUGCAGCAAAUGUAUGACCUAAGAAAUUGGAGAUUACAGUGAUUUGUGCAAUGCUUUACAGUAUUGUCAGUGUACAGUCUGUUAUUAACCAAGGUUUGGUGCUCAAUAACAGCAAAGUAUGAGCAUUGUAUAAAAAUAAUGUUUUACAUUAAUGCUUGACUGGUUUCAAGUAUAGUCAGUAUAGCAAAUUAUUUUUUAUUGUACAGAAAUGAAAAACAUAUCUUAGCUGUUGUCACUUUUCCUUGAUGGUCCAUCUGUUAGGUCUUUUGCUCUGUACUGAUGAAGGGAUUCGAAGGAUAUAGAGCAAAGAAAGAAUAUUGUUGGUCAAAAGAUAAAUGAAAAAUCACAAAAUAAUGUGAAUUGACUGUCUGCAAAAUUUCACAAGUGUUAAGUGAAAUAGUUAGGUUUACAAUAAACAAGCAAAAUUGGAAAAUAAAAAUGUAUUUCCAUGGUUCUUGACAGACAAGGCUGCAAGCUACAACACUGAUGCUGUUCUGCUUCUAGUCGCUAUGUUAUUCCACCUUCCACCCAUGUUUUCUACAGAAAUGACAGUAUGUUACCAACUACAAAAAAGUUUUACAUAUACCUAAAAUUGUAUUGUUCAGGUAUAUUUUAUGUGGACAAAAGGCAGGAAGAUACAGUGCAGUGCAAGGCAAAUGGGUUGAUGUUGUCAUUUCAGUAUUCUGUAAUCUUAAUUUGUUUGCUAUGUAUUUUUCAUUAUGUUGUCUCAUUUUACUUAAUAAAAGUUUCAGAUUUUUCAGUU